CGGACGGCGGUGGUAUUAGGGGUGAGUAAACGAGCAGAUCAAUCAAAAAAAUGAAACAAGAAAGGAACCAAAAAUGAUUCGAACUAUCAUUUUCAUACUGCUUUUCAACUUUUCAUUAUGCAAAAAUAUCCAUGACUUUUUCGAUAAAAUAAACGAAGAUGUAGUUAAUUUGAACGCUAUAGCAGCAGAAAUAGCUUGGAACAGAGGCACAGAAUAUUCCAGAAGAGAAGCAAAGUAUCAAUUACAGAAUAUAAUAUGGUACAGGAAGACUUGUGCUACGAUAGGAAGACUACACCACAACUAUCAUUUGUUGAAUAAAACGCAGGAGCGACAGGCGUAUUUAUUAUGUAGAGGUCCCAAGUUUACUUUUUCUGAAGCCAGAGGGUUCACGACAGCAUACAACGAGCUACAGGAAAUAUACAGCAACGCAAAAAUAUGUAUACCAGACCCAGUCUCAAAUGGUAUAUCAGUGGAAGAAAGUAUAUUAAAUUUUAUAUCAUCGAUCAAGAAAUUUGUGGAUUCAAAACAAGAGCAAACUUCUGUAAGAGUGGCUGCGAAUUUUAACCAUGGCUUAUGCUUGGUCGGUGAUGUGGAUUUUGAGAAGAUGAUGAAGUCCAAAAAUGAUAAAGUUUUGGAGUGGAUCUGGCUGGGCUGGCGGGAAAAAUUUCGAACCAUGAAGUCUCCGUUUGCAAAAUUAGUAGCGAUCGAAAAUAAAGCUGCAGGAAAUAAUCAUUACAACAACAUUGGUGAGGUGUGGUGGGAUGAGGUGGAAGUACCAAAUCUUCGUCAAUUAUCUCGAGAGCUGUAUGAAAGUGUGCGGCCACUGUAUGAGCUGGUACAUGGAGUCGUACGGUACUUCCUGAGGAAGAAGUACGGAGAUAUAGUGCCAGAAAGGGGACUCAUACCUACCCAUUUGCUUGGAAGCCUGUGGCCACAAAAUUGGGAACCUCUUGCUCAAUUCAUAAUACACGGCAUCAUAGAUUUGGAUAGUAGGAUCAAGAAUUUAAACUGGACUGUUGACUACAUGAUGGAGCGUGCAGAAGAUUUUUACGUGUCACUCAGUCUGCCAGCUCUGCCGGACGAAUUCUGGCAGAACUCUGUGCUAUCCAGACACAAUAAGUCCACAAAAUGUUUGGGUGCUGCCGCGGAUAUGUACAACAAUGAUGAUGUGAGGAUUUCCUAUUGCUCCGGAACAGACUUUCAAGAUUUCCGUGUGCUGCAUCACGAACUAGGACAUGUUCAGUACUUUAUGGCUUACAAACGGCAGCCUGGGAUAUUUAGGCAAGCUAACUCUAUGCUACACGAAAGCAUCGGCGACGCCAUUAUGUAUGGUGUCAUGACCCCACAACAUCUUAACAGGCUAAGACUGAUUAAUGAUGCAGAGCUUUAUAAUAAAGAACGAGAAAAUGAUGACAUAAACAGUAAUAAAGAAAUAAGUGAAAAGAGCUCGAUACUAGAAGAUAAUAAAGAAAAAGGUGACCAAAAAGAAAACGAAGUAACUAAAGAUUUUUCUAAUCUAUACCCAAAUAUAUUUAAUAAUGAUAGUCAAGAGAUACAAACAGAAGAAAUAGAUGAUAUCGAUGUGAUGAUACUUCUAAAACAGAUACUAUACAAGUUACCACAGAUACCUUACUCGUUUCUUAUUGACGAAUACAGAUGGCGCUACUUUGAGGGUAGUUUGAAUGAAGAUAAAUUGAAUAAGGAAUUUUGGAUGAUGGUCAAAGAUUUCAUGGGAGUAGCACCUCCGGGUGACAGAAACGAGGAAUAUUUUGAUGUUGGGGCUGAGUUGCAUGUGGCUGACAAUACUCCAUUUUCAAGGUAUUUCCUUAGCAGCUUCAUCCAGCAUCAGAUCUUCGAGAGUCUAUGCAAAGCCUCCGUGUUUGGGCGAAACGAUCAAAGCUACAAGUUGCCGGCUUCGAUACCGCUACACAGAUGCGAUAUUUACGGAUCGAAGGUUGCUGGGAAAAUGUUAAAAGAUCUGAUGUCGCGAGGCCAUUCCCAACAUUGGCAAGAGAUAUUGAGUGAAACUAUAGGAGAAGAUGAAAUAUCUGAUUCUUCUCUACAACGCUACUAUCGCCCUCUGAUUAGCGUUUUGUUAAGACUUGUGAAACAACAUCAAAUACCUCUUGGCUGGUGAACGGGU